AUAGUGCCCUCGAUGGUUUGACACCUCUACUGCCGAGUACUAGCAAUUUCUGCAUUUUUACGUUUGCAAAUAAAUGGAUAGAAAUAUGGAGGUUGACGAGGAAGAGUGUGAGGUGCCAUCCAGCAGUAGCAAGGGCGAAAAGAAGCGCUUCGAGGUCAAGAAAUGGAACGCCGUGGCUCUGUGGGCUUGGGAUAUCGUUGUCGACAAUUGCGCCAUUUGCCGCAACCACAUCAUGGACUUGUGCAUCGAGUGCCAGGCUAACCAGGCCUCUGCCACAAGCGAGGAAUGCACCGUGGCCUGGGGCGUUUGUAAUCACGCCUUCCACUUCCAUUGCAUCUCGCGUUGGCUGAAGACCCGUCAGGUGUGCCCCCUGGACAAUCGCGAGUGGGACUUCCAGAAGUACGGUCACUAGGCUGUACUAUCGUGUCUCCUUCCCCAUAAAACACCACACCGUUCUGCUUCUCUCAAAAAGGACAUACAACAAACCCCCAUUAUCCUUGUGUACACACCACCAUAGCCACGAUGCAUCUAGAUCUUGGGGCACUUACCAAACAGCCUCAGGAUAUUGGAGGACACACCACACUUCCUCACGCAUCAUCGGAAACACAUUACGGCGCCACGGGUUCAGUAAACUCUUAGAUGUAAGCCUCGUUUCACGAAAAAAUACUUUUACCGAAAUAAAAAGAAUGGCCUGAUUUGCGUA